AUGGCAUUAUACGAAGCAGAAACCAAUGUGAAACUCAUGCCAUGGCAGUCCAGCUAUGUGGAUCAAGCGCGGCUGGUUCAUGAUCGCCAGGCUCAUCAACUUCGCCCAAACGACGGUCGUUGGUGGGAAGAGGUGCCUAAUUUCGACAUUGUGCGAAACAAGAAAAGAGGUUUCCUUCACCCAGCCAUUGAUUCUCGGAGGCAAAUUCGAGUUCUGAAGAUUCCCCCCGAAGCUACGACAAAGGAUUUAGUGUGUGAAUAUGACAUUGUCGACUUCGAUGGCGCGUCCUCCAACAGCUACUUCGCCUUGUCAUAUACAUGGGGGAGCGCCACAGGGGCUGAUGACGUUCACGACAUAUUCAUCCUCAACGACUCAAAGCAACGAGUGCCAUUUUGCGUUCGGCGGAAUGUUUGGGAGUUGUUGACCAGCGGUGUUGUGCGGAAGAAACUUAGCGGCCAUCCCAUCUACAUCGAUGCUAUAUGCAUAAACCAGUUGGACAAUGAUGAAAAAGGUCACCAGAUCCAGCUCAUGCAGUCUGUCUACUCUCAGGCUCUCGAAGUCAUCAUCUGGCUUGGAUCAUCCAUAGUUAAUGCUGAAGACGAUUCGAACCUGCAGAGUUUGCAGGAUCAUGGUGACUGGGUCUGGGCGGAAAAGCGAGCCAUGACAGCAGGAGCAGGAGUAGGAAUAGGAGGCAAUAGCAUUGACGCUGCUGACAAGCAGAAGCUCGCAACCAUACUGGAGUCGAACAUGGAUUAUACAGGAGAUUAUGCUUGCUUCGGAUAUCAACAUAAUUGUGGGCAACUACACAUUUCCAUGGUCACGGGUCGCCAAGUUGGGCCCGUAAUCGAUUCAGUCGUCGUUAUGGCACCAGGAUUCCCAUGGGCUUCCCUUGAUGAACAUGACAUUCAUAAAUUCUACGCCAUGCUCAGCAUUGUGGAGGAAGACAUCCGUAAAGAUAUAGUCCCGGAUUAUCGUCUUGGGGUCCACGAGGUCUACACAGUUGCUCUUGCCGCUGGCUUCCGCUCCAUUAAGGCGCAUUUGCGGGAUUCGUUGAAGAUGCGGCUAGAAGCCUUCGGCAUCCUGGCGGCACACUUGCACGAAGCGUUCGGUCUUCGAGAAGUGGACAUCUGUGAUGUCAGAGCAGCCGUCCUGGCAGCACCUUAUAUCCAUGAGAACAUCCAAUCUGAUCUCAUGGAAGCCCGCCUCCUUGAGGAUGAGACAGGUCUCCGAUACAGGCGCGCGAAGGCCUGUCGGUCCAACCAUGCACCUAAUAGCAGUCAACCCCAUUGUCUCUUGACCGGGCUGAUACAAGCCCCGGAUAGUUCAUCUUCAUCCGUCAAGACGGAUGAAGAGUCUGGGAACUCACAAGACCCUGUUUCAAACCUUUCUUUGGCCAUCCAUAUUCGAGCAAUGCCUGUUCUACACGGAUCGGGAAAGGGGGACGGCGACAUGUACUGGAUGGUCGAAAGUCCGCACGGGAGCUACACAGCCGCGAUGCACAUACGCCGAAAGACAGACGGCAGCGAUGGCUGGACGGUCUCUUACGAAGACGCCAUUCCCAAACCUCACCAUUCAACCUGCGAUCAUUGCGAAAAGCCCAUCGUGGCCAUGAGACAGCGCUGUCUGCAGUGCCUGGACUUUGACUUAUGCUCUCCGUGCAUGAAAGAAGCCGGCCAAUCCAAGGACGAACAUGUUGACCAGCACCACUUCGAGGCAAUCUACCAUCCGGCUUCCAGCCUGAGCCACACCACAAAUCCGCUGAGAUACCUCGCGCUCAACUUCAGGCGGGUGCCCUAUCGCAUGCAUCCAGGCAUUUUCGAGCCGUACCUGCACGACCCGGACCAGAGCGCGGCGGUGCUAAACUACCCUGCUUGUGGAAUAAUGUUCCCGUGGAGUCCCCGCGAGGGCGUAUGGCCGCCCUAUUGGGUUGCUAACUUGGACAUCAUGACGUGGACUCCAGCCGACGAGGGCGUGCCGCAUAUUCGUUGCAUGGGCCUGCGUCUGCGCGAUUCUGACCCCACUGAUCGUCCUCCUAGUCCCAUGCCGGGAGGGUACAGAUUCUUUGGGCAGAUACAGCUAUGCGCCAUUCGCCAGCAGGUAGCCAUAUGGGCAUCUUCCUUUUCGCCGCCCGUCGAACUCAGUCCCAAUGUGAAUCUGGUUGACCUCGUGGACAGACGGCUCAAAGAGCGGGAGGCCAUGGGCAACGAGAUUGCACGUGGAGGAGAGAUUAUACUUAUGCUUGCCUUACCACCGGUUCCUCGGACGGACGGCGUGGAAAGUGACAAUGUUAUCGAGGAGGAUGGAGUCUGGGGUCUCAGGCUGCCACGAAGCUGUCGUCCGGGCGAAGACCAGAAUGACGUUCCUACCGCUCCGGUGAUGUGCUUCUGGACCGCGGAUGAUUUUGACGACGCCACAAUUGCGAAAAUGAAAGCGGAUGCUGGUCGACAGCUGAAACUUCUUCCUGUUAAAGCCAAUGUACCCACGGCGGAAAGACAAUGGGUGACAUUCCGUUGCGAGUCUGCCCCUCGAUAUCUGCGUCGGCCGUGCGACGCAGCCGUACAAGAGGUAGACGAGCAGGCCGAGGGCGGCUAUGCCAAAUUACGACAGCGCGACACCUCAAAGCCAGAAGAGCGAAUCGACGAGGGAGGCGGCCGAGAAGGCCACAACGGCGGCAGCGAGGGCGUAGCACGUAGCGAGGGUGCGCUCCUUGACCGCCACGCAGCCGAGUAG